UUUGACGACGAAAGGAAUGAACGAUGAACGACUCAGUCGCGUACCGAGACCGCGUGGGUUUAGAUGUAGACGUUAUAAGCGGCCAUUACAGGCUAAUUUUCCAAUAAAAAUAAAUAAUACACAGUAAGGAAUGGUCAAAAUAGCAGUCCCAUUAAACCACUUCCUUCGUACUACGUCGGCCAUAUUUGUGAAGUGACGUUACGCUGUUCGGACGUUCUAAAUUUGAAAGUCGCGCGCGAAAAUUUUCUCCUGAUCAAAUUGGAAAUGACCAGUGCAAACUAAAAAAUACCUAAUUUAAGUUAUAGUGUUUAUGUUUAAAGUUUAAGAACUAUAAAUAAAAGUAAAACAGUGGAGCCGUUUGUGAAAAGAACGAUGAAAGUUUUCAAAAAGAAAAUGCGUUUCUCUAUAGCUUUCGCUAAACUGUAAUUUUGUACAUUCUGUGUAUAUAGUGGAAGUAGUUUUGUAUAUUAGCAGCGACAUUGGAGGGCAGAAAUAAGAUUCUCCAAAAUGUAUCUACAAGGAUGUAGAAAUACCUGCCUGGUGGUGGUGGCACUAACUAUAUGCGUUCCUGUAAUUAACAGCCAGACAACUGUGGAAGAUAUAGAAACUACAACACUAGAACAAACUACUGAAAAUUUAGAAACUACCACAGAAUUUACAGAUGAUGCACUAAUAAAAGAAAAUACUCUAAAUACAUAUAAUGUCAGGCAAUCACGAAGUCAACCCAGUGAAAACGUAGACAAUGAAGCAUUAGAAAAAGAGCAAGCUGCUUCACAAGAAUCAGUAAACACUAAAACAGUCAAUAUUGAUGCAAAGAAACCAGAAAGUGCUUCAAAACUAGUUUUAUCUCCUGAACUUAAUCCUUUAAACGUAAACAAGAUAGCAAAAACAGUCCUAAGACAACCAACAAAACAUAUGGUAAAAGAACUAAAUGAUGAAGACUUACAAAAAGUAAAAAAGGUUAUAAAGAAGUCCGAACAAAAACUGCAUGUUAAAUAUGACGAAGCGACGGGUGAAUUGAUCGAUGGGCCUCAUCCGUGCCAAAGAGAGUGUAAAGAAGGAGAGGAGCCGAUGAUCUGCUACUACAUGUUCCAUCUAGAAUGGUACCAGACUAUGAGCAAGGCUUGCUUUGACUGUCCUUUCAACGAAACGGAUUGUCAGAGGCUGGAUUGUAUUCCAGCAGACGGAAUGAACAGACCUCUUAACGUUAUUAAUAGGAAGAUGCCUGGACCCGCUAUUGAGGUGUGCCAACAUGACAGAGUCAUAGUAGACGUGGAGAACGACCUGAUGACGGAGGGCACAACGGUACAUUGGCAUGGACAGCAUCAGCGUGGCACACCUUUCAUGGACGGAACACCUUACGUCACCCAGUGUCCUAUCCUACCUGAUAAUACCUUCAGGUACCAGUUCAACGCGUCCCACGAUGGCACCCACUUCUGGCACUCCCACUCUGGCAUGCAGCGAGCGGAUGGCGCCGCGGGUGCCUUCAUCAUCAGGCGCCCGAAGUCCCAGGAUCCACAUGGCGCCCUGUAUGAUUAUGACAGAUCGGAGCACGUAAUGAUAGUAACGGACUGGAUCCAUGAGCUGACCGUGGGCAUGUUCACGGACCAUCACCACUCUAAGGGGGACAACAAGCCCCCCACCCUUCUCAUCAACGGCGUGGGGCGGUUCAAGGUGUUCAACGAGACGGUUAAGCCAUUUUAUAUGAAGACGGCUAGGUUUAAUGUGGAACAGGGCUACAAGUACCGCUUCCGCGUGAUCAACGCAGAGUUCCUGAACUGCCCCAUCGAGAUGUCGGUGGACGGACACAACAUCACCGUCAUCGCUUCUGAUGGCUACGACCUGGAACCUAUCACUGCUACAUCACUAGUGACGUACGCUGGGGAGCGCUACGACUUCAUUCUAGAAGCCAACAACGAAAUAGACAACUACUGGAUACGGUUCCGAGGCCUCAUGGACUGCGACGAAGUAUUCACAAAAGCGAAGCAGGUAGCAGUCCUACACUAUGAAGGGGCCAUGGAAUCGGAGCCCCCCGGAGACCCAACAUGGGAAGAGCUGCAUAACGAAGGAUUGCAACUGAACGCCCUCAACAAAGGAGAAGAGGAGAACGAGACCAUCAGCGUGGCAGAAAUGAGGAGUCUAGCUGGCUACGAUGACAGACUGAAGGAGGUUCCUGACUACCAGUUCUACGUGGCUUAUGACUUCUAUGCGAAGAACAAUUCGCAUUUUCACAAGUCUCCUUAUUACGGAUAUUAUCAAGUGCCGGAGAAGAAGAAUCGCCUCUACACGCCACAGCUCAACCACAUCAGCAUGAAGAUGCCUUCCAGCCCCCUCCUCAUCGACAGGCCAGAUCCCCACAACUUUUGCAACAUGUCCAGCGUCGACGACGAGUGCAGGGAGGGCUACUGCGAAUGCCCCCACGUUCUGUCCGUCAAACUGAAUUCUGUCGUUGAAAUCGUCAUACUUGACGAAGGUAUCACUUUUGAUGCUAACCAUCCCUUCCACUUACAUGGACAUAGCUUUAGAGUAGUAGGUUUGAGAAGAUUAGGUACGGAUACUACUAUUGAAGAAGUCAAAGCUUGGGAUGAAGCAGGGCUUUUAAAACGUAAUCUUAAGAACGCACCCAUAAAAGAUACCGUCACAGUACCGGACGGUGGAUACACAGUCAUCAGAUUCAAAGCAGACAAUCCAGGCUACUGGCUUUUCCACUGUCAUAUAGAGUUCCAUGUUGAAAUAGGUAUGGCGCUAGUUUUCAAAGUAGGAGAACAUAAAGAUAUGCCCCCAGUACCGAGGAACUUCCCUAGAUGUGGGAAUUAUAUGCCUGAUAAUAUGAUAGAACAUGAUACAACUCCUAAACCUAAUGAUGAUAAUCAUAUAUCUAUAACGCAAUGGUGGCCGGUGAUAUAUAUGAAUGGAACCACUUCGUCUGCAACAAGUAUAUUGGGUAGUUUAACAACGAUUUUAGUCAGUUCUGGAUUAUUAAUUUUUAAAUUUUAUUUAACGUAAGUUAUAACAGUAUUAUAUAAGGCAACAGUGCAAUGUAUACUAUGAUAAAGCUUAUAUGAGUUUUAAAACCGAAUUUGUACUUACUGACUUUAUGUUUUAUAGAAGCCUUAUUAUGAAGUAUUAUUUCUUAACGGCUUAUGUUACGUUUUACAGUACUUACAAACAUUUAUUGUAAUCUAUAGUAUAAGGAACUUGACGCAUGUAUCUAUAAGUACAUACGUCCACACUAGUUUAUUAUAUCUUUAAUUUUAUAAGUAUUCGUUAAGUGUAUGCCCACCACAAUGAUCGGUAUGGUGACGAAUAUAUUUUAGGAUAAUGCGCUGCAGCGUUUGAGAUUCAUCAAUAAUCAUGCCUGGCAUAGAUAUAACUUGAGACCGUCAUACGAUAAAGUAACGAUAAAAUUUGGACGCACACAAUGACAUUAUAACGACUAGCUUUUCGCUGAUAUCUGUCGGUCAGGCAGCCGCCUAAAACUUGCCAAGUACAGUGAACGAAUUUUUUUUUUCUGUCUAAAGUAUCAAAUACGAUCAAUUUUAAUGUACUCUUGAUGAGGUUUUCGCUGGUGAUAUGUGAUAUUAUUAAGUAGUUGGAUAGUUAGUGUAAGUAUUAUAUGUUAUACAUAACUAUGAGUUCCAGAAUGAAAAAUAUAAACAGUUCAAACUUUGA